AUGGAGAAAGCCGAUCUGGUCGACGACAUCCUGGACGACCCCCCUGUCGAGCGCAUCACCGUCGAGAAAUUGCAGGACCAACCCGCAACCUUCAACCUCACCCUCCGCUCCGUCAACCCGGUCGACGUCCGCGUGCGCGAUGUCUCGCUGGAAGUCGACACGUCGCCUCCCUUCUGGGAGACCUCACCCGCGCGGCUUUGGAGCCGGCUCCGGGGCAAAACCGCGGCGCACGAGCGCAAAACCGUCCUGGAGGGCGUCGACGCUUCCAUGCCUCGCGGCAGCAUCACCGCCAUCAUUGGUAGUAGCGGGUCGGGUAAGACGUCGCUGUUGAACCUGAUGGCGGGGCGCAUGGGCAUGACGAAGGCCACGGUCGCCGGCACGACCACCUUCAACGGGGAUGCGAACAUCGCCCGCGUGCGCAGCGCCUACAUCAUGCAGGAGGACGUGCUCAUCCCCACCCUGACAGUCCGCGAGACGCUGCGGUAUUCGGCGGACCUGCGACUGCCGCCGCCGACCACGCCGGAGGAGCGCCGCCAGAUCGUCGAGCAGGUGAUCCGCGAGCUGGGGCUGAAGGAGUGUGCGGACACGCGCAUUGGCACGACGGCUCACAAGGGCUGCAGCGGCGGCGAGAAGAGACGGACCAGUAUCGGGGUGCAGAUGUUGUCGAAUCCGUCGGUGCUGUUCUGCGAUGAGCCUACGACGGGGCUGGAUGCGACGAGCGCGUUCCAGAUUGUGAGAACUCUCAAGCGGCUCGCGCAGGACGGGAGGACUGUCAUUGUUUCUAUUCAUGCGCCCCGCUCCGAGAUAUGGAGUCUCUUUGAUAAUGUCAUCCUCCUGGCGAGGGGCUCUGUUCUGUACAGCGGGCCUGCGAGCGAGUCGUUGGCGCACUUCGAAAGCUGUGGUUAUGUCAUUCCCCCGUUUGUCAAUCCGGCCGAGUUUCUCAUCGAUCUUGCGGCGAUUGAUAACCGUACCGAGGCGCUCGAGAUGGCGUCGUAUGCGAGAGUGGAUGCGCUCAAAGCGGCGUGGAAGUCGAGACGGCAGGCAGAGAAGGAGGUGGAGGCGUCGCCAGCUGCUGAUGGAGAGGCUCAGCGUGAACAAACGACCGCUUCAGAUGGUAGUCAAUCUGCGAUGAAGGCUGUUUCGUUUCGUCGGCAGUUUCGUGUGCUCACGUCGCGGACGUUCAAGACCACCAUCCGCGACCCGUUAGGUGUGGCCGGUAGUCUUCUCGAGGCGGUAGGCAUGGCUGUCAUCAACGGAUGGAUCUUCUUGCAGCUGGACGAGACGCAGGCGGGCAUCCGAUCUCGUCAAGGCAGUCUCUAUACCGCCAGCAGUCUCAAUGGAUAUCUCAUCCUACUGUACGAGACGUACCGCUUGACGAUCGACAUCCGCCUGUUUGAUCGCGAGCGGACCGAGGGCGUGGUCGGAGUCCCGGCCUUCUUGCUGAGCAGACGGGCUGCUAGGCUGCCCUUGGAAGAUCUCCCCGUCCCCGUGAUCUUCGCUAUCAUAUUUUACUUCAUGGUAGGCUAUCGUCUGGAUGCCGGCCAGUUCUUCAUCUUCUUGGCCCUCAACAUCCUCACCCACUACAUCGCCGUCACCUUUGCCGCCGUCUCCAUCGGCGUCGCGAGGAGCUUCCCCGGGGCCAGUCUGGUGGGGAAUCUCUCCUUCACACUGCAGUCGUUUGCAUGCGGCUACUUCGUCCAGUCCAACCAGAUUCCCGUCUACGUGCGCUGGCUGAAAUGGGUGGCCUACACAUUCUACAUAUUCGGCGCGCUGUGUGCCAAUGAAUUCAUCGGCCCAGACGGGCCGCCAUACGGACAGUUCUACGACUGCCCCUACUCCGACGAUCCAACCAAUCCCGCCUGCACACAGUACACGGGCCGGUAUAUCAUGGAGAACCUGGGCUUCCCGCCGAACUGGAUUUGGCGGCCGAUCAUCGUUCUCGUGGCCUUUGUCAUCGGUCACUAUCUCCUCGCCGGGCUGCUUCUGCAAUACAAUCACUUUGCCAUGGACAUCGCCCAGGCGCGGAAGACUGACCAGGAUCUGUCUGCGGGGAAGGAAAAGAUCGCCAUACGACCGUCCGAGGAAGCGCGCAAAGUGGCCAUUUCGCUAGACAAGUACGCCCUUGACAUCCGGAAACGCGGCCUCUUCGGCCGAGGACCGCGCACGUUGUCCAUACUCAAACCGAUCACCGCGGAAUUCCACCCGGGCGAAUUGAACAUCAUCAUGGGUCCAUCCGGUAGCGGGAAGACAUCGCUACUGAACUCCAUCGCACGGCGUCUGCGCAGCUCCGCGGGGACCAAGUACCAAGUGCACGGUGACAUGCUGUACAACGGCGCCGUCCCCUCCGAGAGCGUCAUCCGAUCGGUCACCUCGUUCGUGACGCAGGACGACGACGCCUUGAUGCCGUCGCUGACCGUCCGGGAGAGUCUGCGAUUUGCGGCAGGGCUGCGACUGCCGCGGUGGAUGUCGCGCGAGGAGAAGAACCGCCGCGCGGAGGAGAUCCUGCUGAAGAUGGGGCUGAAAGAGUGCGCGGACAACCUGAUCGGGAGCGAGCUGAUCAAGGGCAUCAGCGGCGGCGAGAAGCGACGAGUCACCAUCGCGAUUCAAAUCCUGACCGACCCGAAGGUCCUGCUGCUGGAUGAGCCGACGUCCGGGCUGGACGCGUUCACGGCCAUGUCGAUCAUCGAGGUGCUCAAGGGUCUCGCGGCGGAGGGCCGCACGCUGGUCAUGACGAUCCACCAGUCGCGGUCCGACCUGUUCCAGCAUUUCUCCAGCGUGCUUCUCCUCGCUCGCGGAGGGUACCCCGUGUACGCGGGUGAGGGCGCCAGCAUGCUCUCGCACUUUGCGAAACGAGGCUACGAAUGUCCGCAGACGACCAACCCGGCCGAUUUCGUGCUGGACCUGAUCACCGUCGAUCUGCAGCAGGCGGACCGCGAGGCCGUCACCCGCGAGCGCGUGCAGGCCCUCAUCACGCACUGGGACCAGCGGACCCCCAGUCUCGGCCGGCGGACGUCCCACAUCGCGACGCCCGCCGAGCUGGGCAGCCUCAAGCGGCAGAUGCUGCCCUUCCGCAUCACGUACCCGCUUGUGCUGCGGCGGUCGGCCAUCAACUUCUGGCGGCAGCCGCCGCUCGUAAUGGCGCGGUCCAUGCAGGUGCUCGGCAUCGGGAUCAUCAUGGCGCUAUUCUUUGCGCCUCUGAAGAACGACUACGCUGCGGUACAGUCCCGCAUGGGAUUUGUCCAGGAAUUCGCCGCGUUGUAUUUUGUCGGCAUGCUCCAGAACAUCGCCAUCUACCCGAACGAGCGGGACGUGUUCUACCGCGAGGAGGCAGACAACUGCUACUCGGCCGAAACGUUCAUCCUGCAGUACACGACGCUGGAGGUCCCGUUCGAAGUGCUCUCGGCGCUGGUCUUCGGCGUGCUCGCCGCCUACGCCGACAACAUGGAGCGCAGCGCGACCAUGUUCCUGAUCAGCGCGUUCAACUGCUUCUGCAUCAUCAGCUGCGGCGAGUCGGUGGGGAUCAUGUUCUGCACGCUGUUCUCGCAUGUGGGCUUCGCCGUCAACGUGACGUCGAUCCUGCUGUCCAUCUCCACCAUCCUGGGCGGCGUCAUGAGCCUGAACGUCAACGACGUGCUGCAGGCGCUGAACCACCUCUCGCCCAUCAAGUACUCCAUCGCCAACCUGGCCCCCUACGCCAUGCGCCACCAGGCCUUCUACUGCACGCCCGCGCAGCGCCUCGCCGACGGCUCGUGUCCCAUCCAGAACGGACACCAGGUGCUGCAGCUGUACAACCUCGACAAGAACGGCCCCAUCAACGUCAUGGCCCUGGGCGUGUGCACCAUCGUCUACCGCGUGGUGGCCUACGCCCUGCUGAAGGCAAUGCGCUGGGCCAAUCGCUAG